CUUUAACUUCGUAAUUGUCGAUUUUCGAUUAUAAGGGCACGGAAUCAGCAUGAUAUCGACGAUAUCUAAAUAAAUCGUUUGAUAGCCAAUUGCUUAUGGCGGGAAAGUGUUUGCAAACAUUUCAUUUGCGGUAAUUUGUGUACCAAGGAUCAAGUGUGCCCAUAAUUUUUGCAAUUAAGAAUUGAAUAUUUUUUGAAUCGGACUUGUUUGGAAUAUUUAAAAUGGGAAUUUUAGGUCUCUCAAAAUUGAUAGCAGACAUUGCUCCACAAUCUAUUAAAGAAUAUGAAUUGAAACAUCUUUUUGGUCGAAAGAUAGCUAUCGAUGCCUCCAUGUGUUUGUAUCAGUUUUUAAUAGCCGUACGAUCGGACGGAGCUCAACUUACAUCGGUAGAUGGUGAAACGACAAGUCAUCUAAUGGGUAUGUUUUAUCGUACGAUAAGACUUGUUGAAAAUGGAAUAAAGCCAGUGUAUGUUUUUGACGGUAAGCCACCUAAUUUAAAGGGUGGAGAAUUAGCCAAGAGAGCAGAGAGAAGAGAGGAAGCCCAAAAACAAUUACAAGCAGCCGAGGAGGCUGGAAAUAUUGAAGAGAUUGAUAAAUUUAAUAGAAGAUUGGUCAAAGUCACGCAGCAACAUGCAAUCGAAGUAAAAGAAUUACUUGAUUUAAUGGGCAUUCCUCACAUGGAUGCUCCUUGCGAAGCAGAAGCACAAUGCGCGGCUUUAGUGAAGUCGGGGAAAGUAUAUGCUACAGCUACGGAAGAUAUGGAUGCGCUUACUUUUGGAUGCAAUAUUUUACUGCGCCAUUUAACAUUUAGCGAAGCUCGAAAAAUGCCAAUUCAAGAAAUCCAAUAUGAAAAAGUAUUGAGUGGCCUAGAGUUAAAUAAAGAACAGUUUAUAGAUCUUUGUAUAAUGUUAGGCUGCGAUUAUACACAAAGUAUAAGGGGAGUGGGUCCAAAAAGAGCAAUAGACUUGAUAAAAAAUUACAAAUCUCUUGAAAAAAUUGUUGAUAAUAUUGAUUCCAAAAAAUUUUCAAUCCCUGAAAACUGGAAUUAUAAAGAAGCGAGAGAAUUAUUCAUCCAACCAGAAAUAAAAAAUCCAGAUGACGUGGACUUCAAAUGGAAUGAUCCAGACGAAGAAGGUUUGGUAAAAUAUUUAUGUGGAGAUAAACAAUUUAAUGAAGAAAGGGUAAGAAAUGGAGCUAAAAAAUUAAUGAAAGCUAAACACACUGGAACCCAAGGACGAAUAGAUUCAUUCUUUAAAAUAAUACCAAAUGUAAAUUCAACUCCGGUGAAGAGAAAGGGAGAUGAUAAAAAAACACCAGCUAAAAAGGGAAAAACAACUGGUGGUGGAAGAGGACGAAAGCCCAAGUAAUAUACAAAUUAUGAAUACUUAGGCUUUAUAAUACUGUAUCACAGGUUGUUCUUGUAGAUUAUUUGUAACAAUUAUAGAAUUUAUAUUAU